AUGGCAAGCAAGCGGGACAGCGAUUUGUACGUGACUGUGUCGAGAGACACAUGUCGAGACAGCAGCGGGUAUGACGACGUGGCCAAGAGGUCGAGCGCGUCACGUGCAAAGCACGAGCAAAGGGGCGAUACUGAGUCCACGAACGUGCUGUGCUCGAGCCCGAAGGAGGUCGUGUCGCCGACGUCGUCCAGUAGCAACGGCUCUAGUGUCGAGCUGAGUGCAGAAGCAGAGUACGACGCGGGACAUGAGGCCGGAGACAGAAAAGCGCUCGCGGCGAUUGUGCCCACGUCAGCUACAGCGACCGAAACCGACUCGGACGUAGAAGAAGGGCGUAGUGAUUUCGAUAAGGAGAAGGAGCGUGUGGCUCAACGUUCGGAGCACGUGGGGGAUCAACGAGGUGUCGAUGACGCCAAUAGGGAAGAGAUGAAGAGUGAAGAGUGCAACGAGCUGCAAUGUCCUGGCUCAGCGACAAAGAAACUUCAGGAACGGUUUGACCUGGCGACGGCACUGGACUUUGAAACGGACACGAAUGAAGCGAUGGACAUUGAUCCGCCGAGUGUCACUCGGCAGACAUCGAGUAGUUUUUCAGAUCUGGGCGACUUUGAUGAUUAUCCGUUCACGGACGCGAUAGCAAUACCAAGCAAUGGAGGUACGGGCAGUGUGGAGAGCGGCAGCAAUGCCGGCACCCCCAAUACAUUUUACUCGGUUUACGACAAUGAGGCAUUUCGCUUCACACAUGCAAGUGUGAGCCACUGCGGCUAUGGCAGCUACGAUGCGAUCAGUAAGAUUUCUGGCUCAUACUCGAAUAGUCCAGCGAGAAGCGUGCGAAGUGCAAAUUCACCAUCAAUGCUGCGUCUGGAGAAUUGUGGCUACAAUGGCGGUAGUAUCACGCCGACGUUCCAGUUGACACAGCCUGCAGAUGAGUCGCAUGCACUGAUUGGCGAUAUCUACCCAGUUGCUGGGGAGAUAGUGCGUCUGCAAGUCGACAAUGCAGCAUACAUCAUAUUUUACAAGAGCGAAGAUAGCGGCGAAGAGCAGAGCAUGAAACAUGACAUGCUUGCCAUGUCCUCCUCGUCCGACGACGACGGCGAUGUGACUGAGUGGGGCGAGGACGCAGGUGGACGAGUCGCCCCGCCUCGUUCGUACGCGUCGCUAGGUGCUGCUGGUCACAAGGUGCAAACGGACAACUGUUUUACGCGGGACUACCAUCACCCGACCCGGUCUUUGGGGAGAGGCCUGUUUCGUGCUUCCACGAGCGUCGGCAAUGGUUUUCUAAAAGGCGCAGCUGGUCUGGUGAACAAGACGUAUCAAGGCGGAGCAAACGGUGGCGUAUUUGGCUUUGCGAAAGGUCUAGGCAUGGGCAUGUUGGGCCUGGGUACACACACAGUAAAAGGCGCAUUUCGUGGAGUAGGGCAAGUGACGCAUUUGGUUGGUGAAAUGGUGCUGGGGACAGCGCCGCAUUUUAGUAUUGAUGGGACGCUGGUGCUGACGAAUUACCGUAUCAUUUGGCAAGCGCUUAGCACAAAAGAUGCGAUGGAAAUUCGUUUGGCAUCGAUUUUGUCUGCGGAAAGCUCGACGACAGCGCCCCAUAUUGCGAAUAUCGAAGGCAAACACCUCCUUCGCGCUUCAUUGGCAUUCCAAGACGAGACUACGUGCUCAGACUUCUUGAGCUGCAUUUGGGAGCUCUACUCGAUGGGUGUAUCGCCGCCCCACUAUCUGUUUGCUCACGUGCACUACCAGGCACUGCGACAUAAGGAACAGGCGAAGACGCCGAGCAAAACAGGGAUCAAGACGCCGACCGACUCGCUCUACGAUGCAGAGAAAGACUACCGACGGCUGAAGCUGCUGGACGAAGACAGCUGGAUGCGGUUGUAUGAUAACUCGGACUAUAUCAUGUUUCCGUCAUACCCAGACACGUUUGUGGUUCCAUCGGUGUUGGAUGACGACGACCUGCGUGAGCUGAGCACGUAUCGAAGCGCCAGUCGCAUUCCUGCGGUAGUAUGGCGUCAUCCGCACACGCGGGCGCUCGUGUGCCGGUGUGCCCAGCCUUGUACAGGGUUGAGUGGAUAUAUCGUGGAAGCCGAUCGAAAGUUGGUGCUAGCGCUGCAACGUGCAACGAGUGUGCACGGCGAUGCAAAGUUUCAUUUUUUCGACGCACGAAGCCAAAUGGCGGCAGCAGCGAACUCCGCGCAAGGCAAGGGCACCGAAGACCCACGAAACUAUCCGAACACCGAGCUCCAUUUUUGUGACAUUGCGAACAUUCAUGCUGUGCGCUCAUCGUAUGCAUCGCUAGCAUCGGUGUGCCAGCCUGGACAAGAGCGUGAGAGCACUGGAUGGUUAUUUCAGCUGCGAAACACGUUUUGGUUUUUGCACUUGUCCAGUAUUCUCUCCACGUCGCAGGAAAUCUGCCGCUGUCUUUGCCAGAGCGAGUCUGUGAUGAUCCACUGCAGUGACGGAUGGGACCGUACUCCACAAUUGACGGCCAUGGUACAGCUCCUGCUCGAUCCGUACUACCGGACAGUUGCUGGGCUGAUGCAGCUGAUUGAAAAGGAGUGGUGCUCUUUUGGGCACCUUUUUCGGUUCAGGUACUCCCAAGGCGAAGGACCCGGCCACCAGGAGCUCGAGGAACAGUCUCCUGUGUUUAUCCAGUGGCUGGAUGCAUUGUGGCAGGUUUGGCGCCAACAGCCAUGGGCUUUUGAGUUUAGCGAGUCCCUUCUCGCAGUACUUUACGAACACGUUUUCUCUGGUCUCUACGGCAACUUUUUCUACAACAACCAGCGACAACGAAAGCACGAAGAGGCGAUUGCACCGACGUGGUCGCUGUGGUACGUCUUGCUGGGGCACAUGGACAAGUAUCUGAAUGCGGAAUACGACAGCGCGAAGAACUUUAACAGCAUCGGGUUGAUGCUUCCAUUUUCAUCUGAGGAGAAUGAUUUGGUGAUGUGGGAAAACCACUUUGUUUAUGCUGACCCUGUCUGCCGGAAGUACGAGUGA